AUGCUCAUCCUCAGCUUUAUCCUGAAGACUGCUGGCCUGGCGCUGGGCUCCGAGGCUGAGACCCGUCUGGUGAAGACCCUGUUUACCGGCUACAACAAGGUGGUACGGCCCGUCAACCACUUCAGAGAGCCGGUGGUGGUGACGGUGGGGCUGCAGCUCAUCCAGCUCAUCAGCGUGGAUGAGGUGAACCAGAUUGUGACCAGUAAUGUCCGUCUAAAGCAGAGGUGGACGGAUGUCAACCUUAACUGGAACCCUGACGACUACAGUGGGAUCAAGAAGAUCAGAGUCCCAUCGAAGGACAUCUGGAGACCCGACCUGGUCCUAUACAACAAUGCUGACGGGGACUUUGCCAUCAUCCAUGAGACCAAGGUUCUUCUGGAGCACACCGGGCAGAUCACCUGGAACCCGCCCGCCAUCUUCAAGAGCUACUGUGAGAUCAUCGUGCUGCAUUUCCCCUUCGACCUGCAGAACUGCAGCAUGAAGCUGGGCACCUGGUCCUACGACGGCACGCUUGUGGUCAUCAACCCGGAAAGUGACAGGCCAGACCUGAGCAACUUCAUGGAGUCAGGGGAGUGGGUUCUGAAGGACUACCGUGGCUGGAAGCACUGGGUGUACUACACCUGCUGCCCCAACAGCCCCUUCCUGGACAUCACCUACCACUUCCUCAUGCUGCGCCUGCCGCUCUACUUCAUAGUCAACGUCAUCAUCCCCUGCAUGCUGUUCUCCUUCCUCACCGGCCUGGUCUUCUACCUGCCCACUGACUCAGGGGAGAAGAUGACCCUGUCUAUCUCGGUACUGCUCUCUCUCACCGUGUUCCUACUGGUCAUCGUGGAGCUCAUCCCGUCCACGUCCAGCGCCGUGCCACUAAUCGGGAAGUACAUGCUCUUCACCAUGGUUUUUGUCAUCUCCUCCAUCAUUGUCACCGUCAUCGUGAUCAACACCCACCACCGCUCGCCCAGCACUCACACCAUGCCCCACUGGGUCCGCAAGGUGUUCAUUCAAACCAUCCCCAACAUGAUGUUCUUCUCCACCAUGAAGAGACCGAGCCAGGAGAUCCGCCAGAAAAGGCUCUUCCCCAUUGAGAUGGACAUCUCUGACAUCUCAGGGAAGCCCACCCCGACCAACGUGCCCCUGAACUCCCAAAUCACCAAGAACCCUGAAGUGCGCAGCGCCAUCGAGGGCGUGAGCUACAUCGCAGAGACCAUGAAGUCAGACGAGGAGGCAAACAACGCGGCCGAGGAGUGGAAGUUCGUUGCCAUGGUGCUGGACCACAUCCUGCUGUGCGUGUUCAUGGCUGUGUGCAUCAUCGGCACGCUUGGGGUGUUCGCUGGACGGCUCAUCGAGCUCAACACGCUGUAGUGAGCACGCCUCCUCUGAAGGCAGAGUGGUCCACCUGCAUAUGGAGCCCGAUACACAGAGAAGGACUCCUUCCGAGUCUGCAUUUCACCUGUUUCAUAAUACACAUAUUUUUGUGUAUGAUGCAGUUCAUUUUGCUGAUUAAGUCCAGGUCAUGAAGAACCAAACAUAUAUCCAUUGACUUGUACUUAGCUAAGACAAGCGAAGCCUUUGGGGGACCUGGUUAGACAGACCCAUACGUCUUCCCAUAUGGAUGAUAUGACAUUAAUAUCUGCUUCAUUAAUCACCAGCACUAAGUCAUAGGACUUAGUGUUAUUCUGGCAUAUCAUAUGAUUAUAUUAUUGGAUUGUUUUCUACUUGUUUACACAUUGUUGACACAUUGAGGCAUGGUUUGAUUGAGUUUCCCGGCCUAUAGAAAUCUAUAAAAAACAUGAAUGGGUGGAACUAUAGAGUCUGUUAAAUCCCCAUGUGUCCGUACCCUUUGUAGGUGCCUGUAUUUUCCUGUUUGUAUGCAUCUCAUAAAAAAGUAUAUACUGUACUGUAUAAAAAUAAGUUCCAAUAACUAAAGUAAUGUGUAAAUCCAACAGUAUGUGCUUUCCUUCAGAUUGAUCGCCUGAUCACCAGCACCCCAUGGAAGUAGUCGCACCCCCCACGCAGAGGCCCCUAGUACCCUCAAGAUGAUACCAUUACAAAAUACACAUCCCCACAAGGGCUACAGCAAUAACCAAUAACAAAAUCAUGACACUAUAUCAAUUGCAAUGUUUCCAAAGUGUAUUUGAUGGCAAACACAGUAAAUCCAGAAUUGGUAAAAUA